UAUCAUUGUAACUUUCGAAAAUUAGAUUUAAGCAUAAUAUGUUCAGCGUGAAAAAAUGUAACUACAAGAUAUUAAUUGCUUUCUUAAAACGAUUGUAUACAAUUAAAGUUAUAUCAUAUAUCAUAAUAUAUAAAUGAACAAAUGCGAAGGAUGACUAGUAGGCAAAUAUGCCUUUCCCUGCCAGAAUCUUAUCAGAUAAAUAGUUUAAAAAUAAUUUAUUUAACUUGUGCAACAGUGAUAACGACAACAUUUAUUGUCGAAUGUAUAUUAAUCCAUUUAGUUGUACAACCCUACUUACAUGAAUCAGCUUUUACACAUACAAAUUGUAGUUUUGUACAUGCACAUAUUACAAAAACUGAUGUAAAAUGUGAAAAUAAAUGUUCAAAAGAUCGAUCGAAAUUUCCAUGUUUACAAGUCACAGUACAAUAUAGGAGUGGUAAAAAAAAUCAUACAGUUACUCUAUAUGAUAAUAUAGCAACUUAUAAUCAUUAUAAAGUGCUUAAAUGUGCUACCAGUGCAUGUCAUCAUCGUGAUAUGGAUAAUACUGAAUGGGUAGAACAAUUUCAACGACGUAUACGUCUUCAACGACACUUUAAGUGUUAUGUUCAUGCAACACAUGAAGAUGAAGCCCUAUUGUAUAAAUUUUAUACCUUUAAUGCCGUUUUUCAUGCAGUAUUUUGGCCAAUUAUAUUAUUUUCAGCUUCAACAAUUUGUUUAUGCUUAAUUUAUGUAUUUGAUAAAUGUCGUGUAUGGACAGGAGAUCAAGAUGUCAUUGUUUAGCAUGUGUAUUGAAUGGGUUCUCAAUUCAAAUAUUGGGAAGACUAGAAGAAGAUAAGAUUAGAUGAGAUUAAAUGUAUAACGCGAAAUUUUCAACUAAUUAUAUACACAAUAUUUUUUUGCUAGUUUUUAUGAUAUGUACG